CAUUUUAUUGAAACCAAUGCAGAUUCUGAAAGUGAUUGUGAAAUGUUGGAAGUCGUGGAUUUAGAAGCUACUUUCCAAAUUCCGAGAUUGAACAAUAUGCAAGAAUUAGCAGCAAAAACAUUUCUCAAAUCAAAAAGUGAUACCAUCUGUCUCGUACAAGGGUAGGUUCAGCUCAUGAAAUGAUGAAAGUGUUCAACUUCAUUUUCUCGAUUUCAUUCUCACCUCAUUUCAUUUACGACUACUCUUUCUGCUUGAAGUCCUCCUGGAACCGGAAAGACCACGCUAUUGACUUCAGUAAUUUGUCGCUACAUAAUAGAUUCAAGAAAACUCGAGCACAAUAAAAGAUGUUUGAUGGUGUGUGCCCCGACCAACAAGGCGGUCACUGUUUUAUGCAGUCGAUUUCUGAACACAUUCUUGGACGUUGACUCAUGCCCAUGCAAUGUCGUUUUGAUUGGAGACGAGGAUAAACUUCUUGAAAACGACGGAAGGAAAAGGGGAAACGCUUUUACAGAUAAUCCGAGGAUGAGAGAGAGUCUCUUGUACACUUUCAUUGAUACAGUUGAAAAUGAUUAUUUAUAUAUUCGAAAAAUUCUAGAUAAGGGGAAUUUUGGCCUAUUCAAUAGGAUUCUCAUGGUAGCCCGUCGGUUGGAAAAUCUACUGAAGCGAAAAGUGACGGAUGCAGAGGUUAUAAUGGGUGCAACGAGUAUAGUGAAGUUGAUUGAAAAGUUUACGAAAUCACGUCAAAAACAAUACCCGACGGAGAUAAUUAACAAAGUUGAUUUAGUUGUCGGGAUGGUCGGUGCAUGGAAUCGUGAUACUAUAUGGCAAGAAAUAUUGCAGGGAGCAGAUGUUAUAUUUUGCACGCUGGGAAGUAGUGGGAGCUCACUAUUGAAAAAGGUGAUUGGAGAAGUCGACGAUCUUGUUGUCGAUGAAGCUGCUGCAGCUACUGAACCUGAAAUUUAUAUCCCUUUUCAGUAUCUCCCUCGAAGGCUUCUAUGCGUUGGUGAUCCAAAGCAGCUUCCAGCAACAAUUACCAGUCAGUUCGCAGAAAAGAUGGGGCUUAGUAAGAGCCUUCAUGAGAGACUCAUGUACGAUUGCAAUUAUGGUCACAUUAUGCUAGACACACAAUAUCGAAUGAAGCCGGCGCUGAGUGAGUUCCCUUCGCAGAACUUUUACGGGGGGAAAUUAAGAAAUGGUGGAAAUGUGAUUCGAUCAAAAUAUAGAGGUUCGGUUAGUAUGAUGGACUGCGCUACCUAUACUUUGUAUCAGAUCGAUGGGAGAGAACGUCAGCUACGAUCGGGCUCUAUCGAAAAUGAAGCAGAAGCGAAUGCUGUGGUGGAAAUUGUUGAUGAUUUAAGACGAAUCUCUUGCAAUCGUUCUCGUAAUUGGUGUUCGGCAAACUGCUUACGAAUAAUUACCUUUUACCAGGCUCAAGUGAAUUUGAUUAGACGCCUACUGAAUCGGCGCAAACUCGGAAAUGUUCUUGUUGCAACUGUAGACUCAAGUCAAGGUUGUGAGGCAGAUUUUGUCAUCGUCUCCUUCGUGAGAAGUGACGGCAAGGUGGGAAGGAAUUCCGUCGGAUUUCUCGCAGAUGAUAGACGAUUAAAUGUUGCAUUAACCCGAGCCAAGUAUCAAAUGAUUUGCGUUGGGAAUAUAAAACGAAUGUCAACGUUACCCGACGGGAAAGCUGAAAGUGUGAAGCGCCUUGCGAUAAAUGCUACAAAUCGGAAUUGUGUACAUCCAUUUCCUUUCAGAGAUGAUUCGUAUAAAAGACCAUCUCGCCAGAACGAACAAAUGAAUCUUACGAAUAAGAAAAGGCGAUUAGCACCACCGGGAAUAAGUCACAACAGUAAUACAUCUCCUCGAAGGCGAAUGAACGAUGUUGAUGGAGCCCUUGGCGAUGAAGAAAUGGUGUCCCAAACAGCCAUUCGAGCCCACGCUAUUGUUGAUUCAAACAUAUCAAGCGAUAGUAGCUCAGAUAGUGAAAGUUCAGUUGUGAGUACCAGUAGUAGUUCAUCGGACAACACAUCAUCAGAUUCGAGUUGUCAGGAUAUACGAAACUGCGAAUCAACUGCACAAGGGAAUAUAUCAACUUCUACAACCGAGAAAAACAUUGAGAGCAUGUCAGGGUUUCAGGAUUCUGUAAUUAGCUCAGUACCGUUGGAGGAUACUGAUACUGGCUCGAUUGCGGAUCAAAAUCUUUGUAUAAAAAAGAACCCUAAACCCAUCGCUGAGGAAUCGGCAACGGCAAUAGAUGGAUUUUAUGGGCACGAAACCAGCGCAGAACAAUCUAGCAAUUCAGCGGCUGCUCUCCCUAAUACAGAAUCGGACACGAAGCAAGAGAGACCAACUGUUCUAGAUAAUUCAUUUGAUUCAAAACAAAUGAUGCCUUCUGUCCUGAGCAAAACUGAAACGAUGGCCGUAUUUGAGAACUUUUCCUUUUAAGUCUUGCCCCAUUUUUUAUACUUAGUUGAGAUGAGAAGAAAAGCUCUCUUCGAAUGGCUAUCUGACCUUACUGCUUGUGUCCUGACACGAAUCAAAAUAACAAAAAGCACACUAUUCAAUUGGAUCAGUAGAAUGCAAAGAAAAUCUUCCAGCUCACUUAAAUACAAUUUUACCUGCAGA